AAAUUCAAUUAUUAAAAUUCUCUAAUAAUUGGUAGUUGAGGUUUUAAGAAACAUGAACAUGGCAGUUGGCUUCAAUCAUUAAAAUGCUCUCAACUGGCUUUCUUUUUAUCUAAUCAUAUAAUCAUUUGAGAAAAUAAAAAAGCUCACUUUAUAUUUAAAAAAGCAACCAUAUAACCAAAUGUCGAAAAUACCCCCAUCAUCAAAGAAGUUAGCUGUGGUUGGUGAGGGUAGUUAUGUAACUUCCAUUAACAAGAUUAUCUGGAGAUAUCAGCAAUCAAGACUCCUCGGCUUCUUCACUACGAUGUCAAUUACGAGCAAAUUAGGGCUUCUUCUAUUUAGCCCCAAUCUUUAAUCUCUCUCUCUUCACUCUUCCCUUCUUCAAAUUGGCUCUGAAUUUUUCGGAUAUGGCUUCCACUGAUUCGGCAUUGGAACUCGGGUCCGACUCAUCUGGGGUUACCGUCUGUAUCAAUGAUACUCUGACCGAUGACGAGCUCCGAUCCAUACUGGAUAAGAUUGUGAGGGACAAAGACAAGGAGAUUUUUGGGUUAGUUUGCAAGAGAUGGCUUCGAGUUCAGAGCAACGAGAGGAAGAAGCUCUCAGCUCGUGCGGGUCCUCACCUGCUUCGAAAAAUGGCCUCCAGAUUCUCGCGCCUCUUGGAAUUGGAUCUCUCGCAGUCUACUUCUCGGUCUUUUUAUCCGGGUGUUACGGACUCCGAUCUUUCUGUCGUCGCUAAUGGUUUCCAGUACUUGAAAGUCCUCAAUCUUCAAUAUUGCAAAGGCAUCACUGAUUCUGGAAUAGUAGCAAUUGGAAGCAGUCUUUCAAAACUGCAGUCGUUGGACGUGUCCUAUUGCCGAAAGUUGACUGACAGGGGAUUCUCAGCUGUUGCAGAAGGAUGUCACGACCUAAGAAACUUGAAUCUGGCUGGCUGCAAACUGGUUACAGAUGGGCUAUUAAAAACUCUUUCUAAAAACUGCCACGAUUUAGAAGAAUUGGGUCUACAGGGCUGCACAAAUAUAACUGACUCAGGACUAACAGAACUUGUCAAAGGGUGUCAGAAGAUCGAGCUUUUAGAUGUUAAUAAAUGCAGCAAUGUUGGCGACAUUGGCGUAUCCAGUGUCUCGAUGGCUUGUUCAUCCUCUCUCAAGACGUUAAAGUUGUUGGAUUGCUAUAAAAUUAAAGAUGACUCCAUUUUGUCACUGGCUCAGUUCUGCAAUCAUCUUGAGACUCUUAUUAUAGGUGGCUGUAGGGACAUCUCUGAUGAAUCUAUUCAAAAGCUUGCACGAGCAUGUAAAAGUAAUCUCAGAACUUUGCGUAUGGACUGGUGUUUGAACGUAACCGAUUCUUCAUUGAGGUGCAUAUUCACCCAAUGUAGCAAUCUGGAGGCCCUCGACAUUGGUUGCUGUGAGGAAGUGACAGAUGCUGCUUUCCAUACUCUGGGAAGCGAUGGUACUGAGGUGAAUUUGAAGGUUUUGAAGGUUAGUAACUGCCCGAAGGUCACGUUAGCCACGUUAAGUAUUCUCGUUGACAAGUGCAAUUCUCUUGAAUAUCUGGAUGUGAGGUCCUGCCCUCAUAUUACCAAGGCUGGAUGUGAUGAGGCUGGAUUGCAGUUUCCUGAAUCAUGUAAAGUGAACUUUACAGGAAGUUUAUGCGAGCCAGAUCUUUUUCUCUGAGACCCAAUAUCAGCAAAAUCUUGAAACAAUUCAUCCCCCAAAGUCUUUCAGACAGCAUUUUUCGAUUGCUUCAUCGGGUACGCACCACUUCAGUUAGAAAUCCUGUUAAUAAGCAUUCUAAUGUUGUUGUUGGGGGGGAUCAAUAAGCAUUCUAAUGUCAUUUUCGGGGGGGAUUACCAUCGUAAUUUAUAGUGUAGAGUUUGCACGUAGAUCGUGGAUGUAUAUUGCAUUUGCUUAUGUUUCUUCUCUGUUCUUUCAACAUUCAUAUGUUGGAAAUUUGUUAUCUAGUGUGGAUAUGAAUAAUAUUGUUCUUCAUUGUUCUU